AAAACAAAACAAAUUACUACACUUAACCGAGUCCAGUCCCAGAGAGAGCGCAAGAAAUCGAAAAAGAAAAGCCAAGAAAGUUGUGUGCAGCAAUACAAAUAGUGAAGUGCAGUGUGACACUGCGCUGUAUGUGAGAUUGUGUUUGUGUGUGCGUUAGAAAGAGAGGGAGGCGAACGAGAGAACGUCAAUUUGGAAACGUCAGUCUGUGUGUGUGUGUGAGUGACUUAGAACGUAAAAAAAAAAAAUUAUUGGAAAAAAAGUAUAGAAAAAAGAAGAACCAUGUCGAAUGUGGAAUCUUCAAGUUCCGCGGCCCAGCAGCCCCCCACAUCCACUCUGCCAAUGCUGGGUGACAACCAGGUGAUGCAGGCCUCCACCUCGGCCAGCUCCACUUCAAAUAGCAACUCAAAUAGUACCAGCAGUGGCAAUGGUGGGGGCGGUGGCAACAACGUAGUGGGAGUGCCACUCGACACCCAGAUCAGCGGCGAGCCGCCGUCCAAGAAACCAUGUCUCGAUGCAAAUGCAGCCUCCUCCAGCUCGGGGGGAGCUCUGUCCAGCGCUGCUGCGGCAUCGGGAACGCACGAGAAGCUGGCAUACCGCAUCUCCACAGCCCUCUGCUGUGCCGUUUGCCUGGAUUUGCCCAAAACGGCCAUGUACCAGUGCCAGAUGGGCCACCUGAUGUGCGCCGCUUGCUUCACUCACCUUCUGGCGGAUGGACGCCUGCGCGAUCAGAUUGCCACGUGCCCCAAUUGCCGCGUGGAGAUAUCAAAGAGCACUGCAUCACGUAACCUGGCCGUAGAGAAGGCCGCCUCCGAGCUGCCCAGCGAGUGUCAGUUUUGCAACAAAGAAUUCCCAUACAAAUCUCUGGAACGCCAUGAACAGCACGAGUGCCAGGAGCGUCCCACUAAAUGCAAAUAUCAUCGCAUUGGCUGCCAGUGGCGCGGACCCUACCAUGAGACAACCGAACACGAACGCAAUUGCUCGCACCCCAAGAAGUCUGGCUAUGAGGUGAUGGCUGCCCUCGAAGCUCACGAUCUGAAGAUCAAAGAGGAGAAGAAGAUGUUCAAUACAUUGAUCGAUCUGCUUAGCUAUGAGAAGAUCAUAUUUAAUGAUUUACAAAUGAAACCCUAUCGCACGGACGAGUAUGUGCACAAGUUGUUCUAUGAGACGGCCCGGUUCUCGGCCUUCAAUCAGCAGUGGGUGGUGAAGGCGCGCAUUAACAAUAGCCAGCGUGAUCCGCAUCAGACGAACGAGCGCACCAUCACCUAUCAGCUGAUUUUGAAGACCAAGACCAGCACGCCCAUGAGCAUACAUUUCUUUGCCCUCAAGGGCCCAUUCUCCGACAUGAAGGUGUCCACACAAAUAUACAAGCACGAGUUUACAGAAACGAACACUGAGAGCGAUUAUUAUGUGCUGCCGCUGCCCGACGGCAUUGGUGGCAGUGGCUCAAGUGAAUGCAAUCGCAUGCUGGCCAACAAAGGCAUCAAUUUUCGGCUGCUAAUGUUUCUGCUAAACAAGUAGAAAAGCGUCGUUGAAAAUGCGCAGAGAGAACCAUAUUCAAAUUAGUUUAAGAUUCGUUGUUUCAACUCUAAUGUGCAAAAACCUAGACAUAGUUUAUAUUUUCUUCUACUGUAUAUGUAACUCGUACGCCCUACGCCCUACUCCAACCCAAAACUCCCCAGCACAGAGACGACGCAUACAUUUACGACUUGCAAUCACGAUCAGAAGAAUGACAGUGUAACGCGUUAGGUUGUAACCUAAAUGUAGUGUUUAACUAAGAUUAGGAACAAUAAUGUCCAGAGAAUUUGCUUUCGAAAUUUUUGUACAUGAGAAUGAGGCCACUUUAUGAGGGUAAUUAAUAUCUGUUAUUUUUGUAUGUGCAGCAGGCGUAGAGCGAAUGCGUAUAGGAUUGAUUGUUGGUGUGUUUGACUAGCGUUUAAUGAUCUCACAGGAAGGAGCCAGCCAGCCAGCACACACACACACACCCGCUAACAAAAAGAAACCA